GUAAGAGAAUUCAAAUUUGCACAGACCAUGAUCUUUGCAAUUGAGGAAAUAAAUCAAAAUCCUGCAAUUCUCACAAACCACAAGCUUGGCUACAAGAUAUACAAUUCCUGUGGAAUGACAAACAUUAUGAAAUCUGCUAUAGAUUUAGCCACUGGGCAGAGGGAGAUCGUAGACGAGAAGAACUGUACAAAGGCUGAUACUGCCCAAGCUGUACUAGGCCACUCUGGCUCCGCACCCACGAUGGCAUUUGCUCGGAUUAUAGGAAGAUUUCAGAUACCAGUGCUCAGCCACUUUGCAACCUGUGCAUGCCUGAGUGACAGAGAGGAGUUUCCAUCCUUCUUCCGAACCAUUCCCAGUGAUCUCCACCAGAGCAGAGCCUUGGCCAAGCUGGUCAAGCUCUUUGGCUGGACCUGGGUUGGGGCAAUAAGUAAUAAAAAUGACUAUGGCAUCAAUGGGAUCGCCACGUUUAUACAAGCUGCACUGGACGAGGGAGUGUGCAUUGAGUAUUACCAGGCAUUUGAGCAAACAGGUCCUCUUCGUGAGUUAACAAAAGUAGUUGAAACUGUGAAGUACUCCACUUCUAAAGUCAUUGUGGCCUUCAUGUCCCACAGAGAGGUUAAUGUUCUGGCGACUGAGUUGUACAGACAGAACGUUACAGGACUGCAGUGGGUCGGCAGUGAUGCCUGGAUCACAGAUCACUCUCUGACUGACAGCGAGGGACACAGGAUCCUGGUGGGCUCCCUGGGCUUCGCUGUCAGCCGAGCUCACAUCCCAGGGCUGGAGGAGCACCUGAGGCUGCUCCACCCCUCGCAGUUCCCUGACAGUCCGUUUGUCAGAGAUUUCUGGGAGGACACAUUCGACUGCUCUCUGAGUGACACCAGGGACGCACAAAGAAAGUCAUGCAGCGGCUUUGAGAGCUUACAGGAUGCAAAAUCGUAUUUUACAGAUGUUUCAGAGCUGAGAUUCACAAACAAUGUGUACAAGUCAGUUUAUGCAGUGGCUCAUGCUCUCCACAAUCUGGUCACGUGUGAAGAGAAGAAGGGCCCUUUUUAUAAUGGGAGCUGUGCUGAUACCAAACACAUUCAACCAUGGCAGGUGCUACAUUAUUUACAGAAUGUCAACUUCGCAACAAAUCAGGGGGAGAGAGUGACUUUUGAUCAGAAUGGAGAUUCACCUGCAAGAUAUGAACUCAUAAAUUUACAACAUGUAACUUCAGGGACAAUGCAAGUUGCCACAGUCGGUGUCUUUGAUGCCACUCUGCCCCGUGAGCGUCAAUUUAUAAUGAAUGGCAUGAAAAUAGUUUGGGGUGGAGAAGGCCAUACGGUGCCUGUGUCAGUGUGCAGUGAGAGUUGCCCCCCAGGAAAACGCAAAGCCCUGCAGAAAGGGAAACCUGUUUGCUGUUAUGACUGCAUACCGUGUGCAGACGGAGAAAUCAGCAACAUCACAGACUCUAUGGAGUGCCUCAAAUGUCCCAUUGAUUAUUGGCCAAAUACCAGAGGAGACACAUGCAUCUUGAAGGAAGUUGAAUUUCUGUCCUAUGCAGAGAUCAUGGGGAUCAUUUUAACAUUCUUUUGUUUGAUGGGAGCAGUUUUGACAACCAUGAUAGCAUUAGUGUUCUUCCACUUCCGGGAAACUCCUAUUGUCAGGGCCAACAACUCUGAGCUGAGCUUCCUGCUGCUCUUCUCCUUGACCUUGUGUUUCCUGUGUUCUCUGACCUUCAUCGGCCGGCCCUCUGAGUGGUCCUGCAUGCUGCGACACACUGCGUUCGGCAUCACCUUUGUCCUCUGUAUCUCUUGUAUUCUUGGGAAAACUAUAGUGGUGUUGAUGGCUUUCAGAGCUACACUUCCAGGCAGUAAUAUGAUGAAGUGGUUUGGGCCUGCACAGCAGAGACUCAGCGUUCUGGCUUUCACUCUCAUACAGGUUUUAAUUUGUAUACUUUGGCUGACUAUCAAUCCUCCAUUCCCCUUCAAAAAUAUGAGCCACUAUAAGGAGAAGAUUAUACUUGAGUGUGCUUUAGGCUCAGCUGUAGGCUUCUGGGCUGUGUUGGGAUACAUAGGGCUCUUAGCUAUGUUAUGUUUUGUGUUCGCUUUUCUGGCUCGAAAGCUGCCUGACAAUUUCAAUGAAGCUAAAUUUAUCACCUUCAGCAUGUUGAUAUUCUGUGCAGUCUGGAUCACCUUUAUCCCAGCAUAUGUCAGCUCUCCUGGGAAGUUCACUGUGGCUGUGGAGAUAUUUGCUAUUCUGGCCUCCAGCUAUGGAACGCUGUUUUGUAUUUUUUUGCCCAAAUGUUAUGUUAUUUUACUGAGACCAGAACGAAAUACCAAAAAGCAUGUAAUGAGCAAAACAAAAGAGAUUCAAUAUUAA